AUGGCCCAGGCAGACGCGAACAACCUGCAUCACUACAGCAGGGGAACCAUCACGGAAGAUAACGCGGAUCUCCUGAACCAAUGGAGCGACAAUAAGAGGAGUUCGCGGACGUCCCUUAAAAACAUGCGCAAAGCGUCUUCGUGCCCAGUGAAACUUAAGAAAAUUGACGUAAAUGGGGAAGAGGCAAACGCGGUCGAAGUGCAAGCCGGAGGGACUACCAACUUUGCUGCUCCAUUCUGCGCAGAGCAAAGCAACACACAACGGAGACGGCGCAGCACUCACCUGGUAGAGCAGACUCCCGAAUUCUUUUGCGAUAACGAGGUGGGAGACCAAACGGCUGGAUCAGUACGUGACGUUCAAAUGGGGAAGCCCGACGGAAUGGACGCCUCGAGAAGAGAAAGACAAAGCAAUCAAGGGGGAGGAAACGCAAAGAAACCGGUGACUAUGAAACUCGCAGACAGCCACGUACUCAGCAGACUGACGAGAACGCUUCUCCAGGGAAUCCAGAAUAAGGUGGAGGAAGAGCGUAAAGAGGCGAAGAGGGAAGUUAAGACUAAACACAGCGGCGAAGAAAAACCCAAAUGUAGAGGACGCUCAAGCUCGGCCAUGCGUGAACAAAACUUGUGGAGUGCGAAGGACGAUCUGGGUGGAGAAUCUCCCACAGGGGGACUCCCUAAUGGUGCGAAGUGGACUACGCUGAACAGCGGUAGCCAAGGGAUAGUAUUCCAGAGAAAGCAUCGACCCUCCCACGUUAGUCCUGUACCAAUGGAGCACAGCGUGAUGAGUGGUAAAACGGCAACCAUCGCCACGCCGGUCACUCCGCAGAUCGUCCCGCAAAUGGCUUCUCAAAUUCCCUCGCAGCUCACCACGCAGAUCACCCCCGAGACAGAACAAACCUUCUACGUGUAUCAGACGGAAGGGCAAAUCCCUGGCCCCUGCGAAAGAAACGACCCUCUGGGACUGACGCAACAGGAAGGAAAUAGGCACAGCGUGAGUAACAAAAGUGUUUGCUUUGUGGACGAGGGAAGGCAAAGCAGCGGUACCUAUGUUGACUCGUCACAAGCAGAACACGUGUAUCAUCAGGAAAGUCUCAACGGCCGAAUGGAUCCUUACCUUGCUCAGGAACCGCUCAUUGUUGAUAGCAACGGCUACGUGGUUGGAAGGGGUAAUGAUGGAAUGGUGGGUGUGCUGAAACGACCCGAUGAAAUGGCCUUCCACUUCGUUGACGCGGGGGGCGUGUGCAGUGGGGCUUCGGCGAGCUGCGUCGGCUCCGUGGACAUGGGUGAUUACGCGGUCCAGCAAGCCAUCGCCAGUCAAGCAGUCGAUGUGAAUUGGAGCGGCGAUCCCCACAAUAGCGGUGACCUAAAUUAUGGUGGCCACCUCCAGGGUAGCGGUCAUCCGAACUGUGGAAGCCACAUCCAGCAUAGCGGUCACCCGAAUUAUGGCGUCCAACCCGACUAUGGCAUCGAGCCCAACUACAGCAGCCACCACCAUUACGCCAGCUACGACAUGACGGAAGCCCCCGCUGCCACUGCGAUACGAAUCAGCACCGACGCACAUCCUAAACCGUCGCCCCACUACCCCCCGAAGCAGUCUUGCCACGUGCCACCCGCAGCCACCUCCGCGAAAAAAGACUUCUUCUGCAACAGCUCCGUAAAGAAUAAGCAGCUCCAGGGGAAGAAGCAGUGGAGGGGGGACAAGACGGAGAUAUUGAUUUACCCUGACGCGUCGACGAAGGGGGGUAGCGGUCUGAUGAAUGGACCUAAGAAGUAUCCCCUUGACAGACGAGAACCCCCCUUUCUCCUCUCCUCGCGGAGCAACGCAACGAUGCGACCCCUAAGCAGCAACGUCUUCAUUCGAACCAAAUCGCUGCAUCGUCAAUCAGAGGGUGGAAAGAACAAGAGGAAAGGGUCUGUAUCCCCCUUAAAUAAGUUUUCUCUAGGUAGACAGAAAUCAGUUCCAGUCAGGACCCACUCAAGGAAUGCUACCUCCUCCACCCCUGUCUGCACGCAAGAAAUAACGUAUAGCUUCCCAUCACAGGGGGGUUGCAUCCCUGGGAUGGUAGGAGACCAGCGAGUUAUAAAAGCCUUUGCGUCGACUCUUCCACAUGGAACUCACCACAGCGGAGUGGUCAUAGGGCAGCAAAGCAACUCAGAUGAUAUAUACAGAAACCAAUUCAAUGAUGAUGUUAGGAGCUACAUAAAUGAGUGUUCCCCUGAAGUGAUCAGCAGAGUGACGGACGUUGGAUCUCCCCUGAGUGAUCAGAUUAACACUUUGAAUUGCAAAAUCGGAAGGCUCACCAGCCGAAUUCGAUCUCUCAACGCGGAGAAGUGGAAUUUGAGCGAUUUGGCUCGGCUCUACAAGAACGAGUGCAACCGCCUGCGCGAAGUCAUCGCGAAGAACAAGCAGGUGCACUACGACCCAGUGAACUUCCGAAAGGUAAAUUACGAACAGGCCAACGAGCAGCUGGAAGAAGAAAACGAAAAACUCCGGAAUCAGAUGAAGGCCCUCGGGAAGGCAAUCCUCUCGAGUUACGACAUAAAUGGGAUUAAAAAAAUCCUUGCAAAACAAAUAGUAAAUCUGAAUGAGGAAAAUGAGAAAUACAGACAAGAAAUCAAAGUGCUGAAAAAUCAAAAGGAUGUUAAUCGGGAGGUUCUGUUUAAUCUGAGCAGAGGGGAUGUCUCCACGGAUGCCAUAGACAGUGUCUUCAUGCAGACGAAGAACAUCGUCAUAGAGGGUCAUCAAACGAUAAAUGUGUUUUAUCUGAAUUUGAAGAACCUCAUCGAUGAGCUUUUUCAGCGAAUAAAGUUCCUCCUAUUGGAGAAGGAAUACACCCCAAACGAGAAGCUGCUCUACGUGACCAGCCUGGAGGAGCUCGUCAACGAGAAUUUCGAGGAGAUAAACCACAUCGUGGUUAAGAUAAACGAGCUGCGAAAAAAAAUGAAGGAGGUGAAGGCGCACAUCUUUGACACGGACAGGAGCAACCCCAACUGCUCAUGCAAGCCGUCCAGGAUUAUUCUCGAAGACGACAUCAACCACCUGGAGGAGGAACUGCACAGCCACUCGAUUAUGCUAAAGAAUCUUCGAAAAAAAAAUCUUGCCCUGUGUUUGGAUAGCCUGCACAGCCAAUUUGGUCACGACUCGAAAGGUGAUGCCCCCCUCGGAGGUGCAGUUAGGGACCACCACAGAACGGAUAAACACAGGAACAGUAACAAGGAGAAGAGUCUUCACAGGAGGGAGGAACGAAAGGAUAGUCAAGCCGUCAGGGAUAAACCUCCCACCAUUUUAGACAAGAAAGAAGCGAACUUGGAAGAAAACCCCGGCGAGUCAUACCACAACAGGCUGCAAGAGAAGAUCCGAGUCAUCGAGCAUCAACUGCACACCCUCAACGAUCAUAUAAACUCCAGCUUCCGCGAUGGAGAUAAGGAGCAUCGACGUGAGGAUGCCAUCCCCCUCGAGAGUCAAUUUUGUAGAAACAGAAAUGGGGAUGCUCAACCAGGCUGUGCAGAACUUGAUGGUCUUACAAAUGAAUACACGACGAAGGGGAAACAAAAAAUAACGGACAAAAGGCACGGAAAAGGAGAAUCGUCUUACACCUCCUCCUCAGCCCGUUCAUCUGUAUCCGAUCAAAGUGCAAGUGCACCCUCAGAAAAUAAAAACUGGCUAAGUGAGGAAGAACAAGAGGAAGAUGAUGGAACUGCUAGCAGUAAUUACGAGAAAAAUGACAUCCUCGUGUCUGGCUCUGCGCAACGCGGUGGUUGCAUCGGCCCUGCGUUAUUUACUCGCAUGUUGCUCAAGGGAAAACACAACGCCGAAUUGGUAGAAGACACCAAGAGUUACGUCAGCUCCUUUGGGGAACAUAAACCAAAAAAUAAGUACAACUUACAGAAAAUUUACGACAACUUGAAGGCCAUACGGAACACAAUAAAGAACACCGAGGAUGACACGGAGCGGAACAUCCUGGCCCUGAUCGAAUCCCAGGCGAACGAAAUAAAAAUAUUUGGGAACUAUCGCCAAGUUCCAAUCCGAAGAAUCAAAUUAAAAAAUAUCGUCAUCUCUUCAGAUCUUUACAACACAAAGGAACAUCAGAAAAUGGGAAAAUACAAUUUAAUAUUCAAGAAAAACUGGUUUGCAAAGCGCAUUUUUGGGACCGUCGGCAUUAUCGUUGUUCUGGAUCAGCUAGCUAGAUAUCAGUACAACAUCCCGGAGAUUAGAGAUCCCAACCUAACCAUGUGGCCGUGGUGGCUUGAAAAAGUCGCCGCGAAGAGGCUAGAGAUAGACCAAGGAGACUACGCAACGGAUAAGGCCGGAAAAAGCGAGUAA